UUGUACAGCCUCACCGGCCCCCACCGUCUCAUACUACAGGACUCGCACUUAGUCGCCCUUGCUCUCUUUCUUUUCCAUUGUGGACUUCUGGGAUUUGACAUUCAAUAGUUGGCAGAGUUAAGGGAGGACGCAUUCCACUGGAUUGGAUCGGAUCCAACAAUUAGCCGAACACGACAACACAGCUCAUUAGUUUGAGAGAUGAAGAAGUUAUUUGGACGGGAGCGGGAUAAGGCCAAGGACCUGGUCCCUCCUCCGACUCAAUCUUCCCCCGCACCCACUCCAAUUCACCAUCAGUACACCACGCAGCGUCCUUCGGUGGACGAUGAGCGCUGGGAGAUGUUAAACGACUCUCACAAUGCCACUGCACCUGUCCCGGCUUCUUCACGAGCACCAUCGCCCUACACGGUCUCAGCCAACAGCUCUGUCCGUCAACCACCAAUCCCAGCACAAGUUUCGGGAAAUGGUCCUACCUCCCAGGCCCCAAAGAAGAAGGGAGGCCCUCCGGCAUUGGGGAUACUCAACUCCCUCGAACCGCAGCAGAACCAUCAUGCGCGCAAUCGCUCAGAGGAGCCGUUAUUUCAGGCUCAGCCUGAACCACCCAAGGAGAAGAAGGGAUUCUGGAGCCGGGACAAGGAGAAGGAUCGGGAAAAGGACAACAGGGACAGGGAAAUUGCGCACAGGGAGAGAGAGAGAAUGGAACAGGACCCACGGGACAGGGAUACCCGAGAACGUGGAACAAGAGAUUACGAUGAGCUGACUAGGAAAAUUGGAUUCCUGACAGCCACAGCGUCGGAGGACUGGACAUUAGUGCUCGAUGUCUGUGAACAUGCGUCGUCAUCCGAUGCUGCGGCCAAGGAAGCUGUCCGAGCACUGCGGAGGGAGUUCAAAUACGGGGAACCAGCAGCGCAACUAGCUGCUGCAAGACUUUGGGCACUGAUGCUGCGUAAUUCGACCGAUACCUUCAUUUCGCAGUCUACUUCUCGCAAAUUCCUCGACACUCUCGAAGAUCUGCUUACAUCUUCACGUACGGCUCCUGUUGUCAAAGAGCGCCUCAUGGAUGUUUUGGGGGCAGCAGCUUUCGCCAGUGGGGGCAAGAAGGACACUGGAUUCCGUGGACUCUGGCGUCGGGUCAAACCUCGAGACCGACCCGAGGAGGGUGUUCCAUUCGACCCAGAAGAUGUGAUGUUCAAUCCGCCUUUGAUGGGGAGCGGCAAUUACGGUACCAACAACAUGAGGAACAUGGUAGCAGGCAGAGGUGGCAACACCGUCCAUCAGCACACACCGCCAAUGGUGGUCUAUCAAGACGCAACGCCGACGACUGCAGACAUACCGAUUUCUGGUGGCCGAGCGAAGAAGGAGCGCUCUGAUCGAGAACGGUCUGAUCGGGAACGCUCCGAUAGAGAUCACCGCGAGCCAGGUGAAGGGCGGAAACACCGAGACAGAGAACUUCGGGAGCGAGAUCUACGGCACAAGAUUAUACCGCCUGACGAAGACAUGAAACGUCUGAGAGUGGAGUGCAAGGCUGCCAUCCACAACGCUGGUCUGCUCAGCGAGGCGCUCGCCAUGGCCACCGUCGAGGACCUGGAGCAGGACAUCAUUGUGGAAUUUCACAAGAAAUGCAUCAGUUCUCAAGAACUGAUCUUCACUCAGAUACCGUGGGCAUCUGCUGGUGCUGAACGGAGCAGAGCAGCUAAAGAUGCACGUGAUCGUGACUAUCCGAAACGGAGGGCUGACUCGAACGGCCAUGUGCCAGAGAAGGGAGAUGAAGUUGCAGAAGUCACACCGGAGGAAGAGUUGCUGGCAGAGCUCUUGGCUGCGAAUGAACAGCUCGUGGAAGCCCUGAAACAAUUCGAUGACUUGAAGCGUGUUGCAUUAGAGCGAGAAACCGAAGAUCGCAGUCGGAGAGAGGUUCGACUGGAUCCCCGGGAACGACAACUUAUCAACGAAGAGGGCACUCUAUAUCCAGAUGCCCACGGCCAGGGGAGUUCGCGAUCCCGGUCGCAGUCACCUAUCCGCCAUGCGUUACCGACUCACCCCAGUGCGGAUCCCGCUCUGAACGCAGGCCAACAUAUCAUGUUGGCCGUACCCCCAGCGCCUCAGGGUCCGCGGUCACCUGGUCUGACGCGCACACCGUCGCCAGCGCAACCGGAUGGGUUCGCUCCCGUCGGGGCUGCAGAGCUCGCUAAUGGGUAUGUGGGCACUCGGGUCACUGGUCCCCGCGACUUGGGCCGGCCCUCGUUUGAGGACGGAGAGCGAUGGCACGGCCAACCGCCGCCGCCGCCACCACCGCCUCAGGUGCAUCAACCAUCCCACGCCACGCCGCCGCAGACAUACGCACUGCCACCGCACACGUAUGCUCAGACGCAUCCUUCAAACGACGAGCUUCCCGACGUGUUGCAGCCAAGCGCGAAAGCACUGGGCAAGCGCCGCGUGGAGCCCGAUUCGGUACCUGCUGCGGACCCACCGUCAAGCUACAACUCGGACAAUUUCGAGGACCGUCUGAGCGAUUCUGAGGACGAAGAGUCCCCGGCCAAGUUGUGGCAGCAUAUGCAUCACCCUGUGCAGCAUUAUGUGUACGAUGCAGCAGCUGAGCGCACCCAGGAACGGCUCAAAGAAGCCCAUCUGCAGCUCGUCCAUUGA